AUGGCCCAAACAACCGUCCUCAUCACCGGCGCGAACCGCGGUAUCGGCCGAGGCCUCCUAGAGCGCUACCUCGCCAAACCACAUCACACCGUCAUCGCCGCAAACCGCGAUACAGAGGACCCAACGUCAAAGGAGAUCCCAUCCCUGCCUAGGGCCGAGGGAACCACCGUGAAGGUCGUCAAGCUAGACAUGACCUCGCCGACAGGGGCGGCCGAUGCAGCAAAGGCUCUAAAUGAUCAGGGGAUCGACGGCAUUAAUAUCUUGAUUGCGAACGCCGGUGUUGCAACGGUCUGGCCAAAACUUGACGAGGUGAAGAUUGAGGAUAUCAGGUUGCACUAUGAGACGAAUGUCUGUGGAUUUGUGAGGGUUUAUCAGGCGUUUUUGGCGCUGUUAAAGGCCGCGAGCGAGCCGAGGCUCGUGACUAUUGGAUCGAGUGCGGCGUUUCUGACGGUUCGUUUGUCCUCUUUUCGUUCGGGUGUACCCUAG